AGCAGACCGAACCUGAGCCCCUCCACCGUGUCGAUACACCGUGUCGCUGCACCGUAUCACACGGUUGUCGGUGGAGCUGCAAAGAUGCGAGUGAACGUGUGUGCCUGCCAUACCGGGGGUUCGGCCGGGCUGACGUGAGAAAACUCUGUUAAAAACCCCACGAUUUGUAUUUAAUAGCGGCAGGGACUGGGACCUUAGAUGGAUUCCGUUGUCUUGAGCUGCUCUCUGAGCUCCAGCAGAUUUCUGUCCCCUCGUUUGAGGGUUAGGGACACAGGACGGUAUUUUUGGAGCCCGCAGACGAACGCGACUGUGGCAAUCGCGUCCCCGCCGCUGCGGCCCGCGCUGCCCCCCUCCCUCCUAGAAAUACAAACUUCUAGCGAGCGGUCGGAGGACGAAGAGCGCACCGGGCGCAGCUCGUCCUGCCGGCAGCGAACGCCCAGAGCCGGUCCCUGGUCGGAACCGCCGCCACAGCCCCGCCGCCGCCUCUACCGGUAGCGCAGCCGCCGCUGCCCGCCCCGAGCCAAGACAACAUGGCGGCACGCCGCCCUGGCCGCGCUACGCACGCGCGCACCGGAAGCGGAAGCGAGCGGAAGCGGGACAAGGCUCCGGCGGAAGUGGCCGUUGUCUGGGGAGACGCAGCGCUGUGGAGACGGCCGGGGCCGAGGAUGUGGCGGCUGCUGCUGGCGCUGGCCUGGCUCGGUAGGGCUCUCCCUGCAGGGGCGGUGACGGAGCAGAACGCUGGCGGGCAGCCCCGCUCCCCCGGGGGCGGCUCCGUGCAGGGCAGCGGCGAGCCGGUGCGGUACCGGACCGCGGAAAUGGCGGACGCGAUGCUGGGCAGCGGGUUCCCCGCGCAGCAGGCCGUGGUGCUCUCGGUGGUGCCGGGGGAGGCGAGGGAAGGCCAGGCGUCCGGCGUAGCCAAGGGGGCUUGCGAUGCGGCGGCCGGAGGCGAUGCCUGCGGCGCGGGGAGCAGCCCGGCGGGUCCCCCCGGCCAGGCGGGCAGCCAGGGCCGGGAGCAGGCCGUGCUGGAGACGGUGCUGCCCGCGCCGGCUGAGGAACCCAAUAGCACCGACAGCGCCAAAGCUCCCAAAGUGAACUGCGAGGAGAGAAACAUCACCGGCAUGGACCGCUUCACGCUGCAGAUCCUGAACGUGUCUCAGGACCUAAUGGAGUUCUUAAACCCAAACAGCAGUGACUGUACGUUAGUCUUAUUCUAUACGCCGUGGUGCCGCUUUUCUGCCAGUCUGGCACCUCAUUUUAAUUCUUUACCUCGAGCGUUUCCUACUCUUCGCUUCCUGGCGCUGGAUGCAUCUCAGCACAGCAGUUUAUCAACUAGAUUUGGAACUGUGGCUGUACCCAAUAUCCUCCUUUUCCAAGGUGCUAAACCUAUGGCUAGAUUUAAUCAUACAGACAGAACGCUGGAAACACUGAAAGACUUCAUUUUUAAUCAAACAGGUAUAGAAGCUAAAAGCGAUGUGGCUGUGACCGAGGAAGACUGGGAAGGGCCCCUGCCCAGUGUGCUGACAAAAGGCAUAGACUGGCUGCUUCUCUUUUCUGUGCUCUUCCUGGCUAGCUUUGUCAUGUACGCUACUGUUCGAACGGAGAGCAUUCGGUGGCUGAUCCCAGGACAGGAGCAUGAACACCAAGAAUAAUCUGAGGUGCUGAAAUAGGGACAGAAUUUCCCGCUUAUUGGUAAAGCAGGAAUUUGCAUGGACUAGAAGUACGUAAGAAUGGACUGUUGAAUUUGUUGGUUGUAAUUUAUAACCUUGACUGAACGUCUGCUUUAUUUAUCAACUACUGAAUCUGUAAAAAGAAAAUUUGUGGCGAAUAAUGUGGUAAGUAAACAAAUAUGAAAAAACAUGAACUAAAAAAGUAUUUAUUAAGCUGCUCUGAUGGGCUUAUUUUUCACAGACUCGUAGAUCAAGUAAGGAUUUUACAACAUGUUGGCCCAUGUGCGUGGCACUGCUUGGCACAGGAGUGGCAUUGCUUCUGCUCUGGUGGAAUCUGAGGAUUUCGUACAGAUCCUACAGGCGUAUGAACUAAAGCUGCUACACGUUCAAUGUGGUAGACACUACGGAGUUAGGAUGCGUUGGCCCACUUGGAUCAUGUUAUUCUGGAAUAGUAAUGUUUUAAAGGGAUACACUGGUGAAUGGUGAUGUUCCUCAAUUAGUUUGUCAGUAAAAUGAGCUAUGAAGAAAAAAAUGGUUUUAAAAAUAGUGUGCUUCAAAUGAAUUAUUCCAGUGUUGAAGAGAUUUUAAUGUUAACAGCGUGUAUGCCAGCAAUGGUAACAGCAGUUGACAGGGUGACUGUUUCCCACCCUUGGUGCUGGGGUUAAAUGUUUCCUUGUUUGCGGUGUUCUAGGAGUUGUGACGGGCAGUUCUUGAUAAGAUUUAGAAUAACUCCCAAAGCUCACCUCAUUAUUUUUGUGCAUGUGUACACAACUUAUUUACCACAUUCCUACAGAAUUAAAUUGCAUUCAUAGUCCUUACUCUUUUUUAAAUAAAUCAGGUUUUUAGUGUAACCUUUUAAGUCACUUUCUCACAGGACUGGAAGCAUGUGGCUUCUGAAGUACCUGCCUAAAUUAGCAAGACCAGUCAUGAGGUUUAUUUAAUUUUCUGCUAAUGUGUUUGCUGGUUGCACAGUCCGCAGCUGAGGCUACAUAAAGAAUUGAUAUGGGUUUUAGUUAUAAUUAGUAUGGAAGACUUUGAAUAAGGUAUGGACUGGAUCGUUGUGUAGUUUUAGGAUUAUUUGAUUGCAUAGCAUUUAUAUGUGGUGGAGGCUUGCCCUAGUACCUUGAUGGGAAGCUUUAGGGUGCAAAUCAAGCUAAAGAGAAACAAAGUCAUAAAGAGCUCAUAUCCCUGCAACAUAAUUCUUCAGCUAUUUUUCUGGUGGCCACAUCUUUCCAGUUUGGAAAGCUGAGAUCCUGUAUUUUGGUGUGUUAAAAGGGAACUGCACUGAUAAAACUUUGGUAUUACAGAAGAUAAAGCUAGGAAGUAUUUUAUUAAUAAAAGAUUCAAGAUUUUUGAACAAGAAA